CAGCAUGGGGGAGGAGGGGGGUUGAGUUGAUGGGCCCUAUUAGUAUUCGCGUCCUUUGGGUGCGCAGUGUUGCCAGCCACGUCAGGCCUGUAGCAACUGUUCUUCUACUGCCUCUCCAAGGUUAGAUAUAGGCCCUUCCUAAUAGCUGGAAACACUCAAGGAAACAGACUGGGAGCCGACUUGAGACCGCGAGAGCAGGAAUUAAGUUUUUCGACGUUUUCCGGCACAGUUGUACGCUGUGAAAUUGUCGCCGUGGACACUGGCCGUGUUAUUUCGUCUUAAUAGGAGGUUGUAUAGCUAAGAAAAGACUGUUACCGUCCGUCUUAUUGGUGCUUAAUGGAAACGCGCAAUCAUAAAAAAUGGUUGCAUUUGGAGAAUAUCCGUGAAUGCGAUCGUUCCCUCUUGACAUCGGUGCGUCAGAAAAGACACCUCAGCUAGCUGGAGUCCGGGUUGGGUGUGAAGUCUUCACUGUGCACCGUGUGCUGCUGGAGUGAAGGUGACUUGCGCCCCGUCGCAGUCAAGGCAAUGCGGAGAGGAGUCACGGGCGCUCAUCCGGUACUUUACCUGCGCUCUAGGGCUCUUCUUGGGAAAAAAUUGCUACCUUUCCCACAUUAGGAGGAAAGAACGUAAGACAUAGAGCAAUAAUAGCGUUCGAGUUUCAACACAGCCAAUAGCUGGCGAAGGUGAGCUGAGCGUAAAUCGAGGAGAGAAUAAGGUGAACAGUAAGGUGCAGGGUGGUAAGGCAGGAAAAGAGAAAGUGGUGGAGUUUGGGGGGAUAAGACCAAAUCGUUCUGUCUUAGGGCUGUUUUAAUAGUGGAUGUGUAUGCAUGAGUUCUGCAUCGAAUGGGCGCAAAAAUCGCCCCAGAUCCGCCGGGAACAUCUUCCAGAUCGGCAAGCCUCCUUAUCGAGACUCACAAAGGAGGGAGAGCACCGAAAGUACCCGCAAAGCCCAGCGCGCCGUGGCCGACUGCAGAAUGAUCGUCCAAGAAUUCAAUACACUUGUGGCUCUGUACCGUGAGCUGGUCAUCUCAAUUGGCGAGAUCACUGUCGACUGUCCUUCGUUACGGGCCGAAAUGCUGAGGACCCGAACCAAAGGCUGCGAAAUGGCGCGAGCGGCACACCACAGUCUCUCCUUGAUAUCGGGGCCAGAGGACGGGGAAAUCCACCCUGAGAUCUGUAGGCUCUUCAUCCAGCUGCAGUGCUGUCUGGAGAUGUACAUCACAGAGAUGCUCAAAUCUGUGUGCUUGCUGGGAUCGCUGCAGCUCCACAGGAAAGGUAACGACUCAUGUGGCCCUCCCGGCUUAGAUGGUAAAACGGAGGAAAGCUCAGACAUCCCCAUUCUGGAGGACACCUCUUCCUCCCCCACUGACUGUCCUCAGCUCUGCUGGCUGGUGGCCACUGACAUAGAAAACAUAGAAAAGGAUAUGAGGGAGAUGAAGAACCUUCUCAGUAAACUCAGGGAGACAAUGCCUUUACCACUGAAGAACCAAGAUGACAGCAGUUUGCUGAACCUGACUCCCUACCCACUAGUCCGACAGAGGAAGAGGCGGUUCUUUGGGCUCUGUUGCCUGGUAACCAGCUAAGGGCCCCGCCUUUGUGGGUAGGAGGCGGCAACAAAGACACCAUUACCCACUGUCCUUCACCACUUGUGUCUCCCACCAAUCUAUUACUGCCAUUUUCAAAUAAAUUGUCUCUUUCUCUUUUUUUUAACGGCUGCCCAUUUUAUAAUUUUAUUUUGUAAUACGAAGAAGAAUUGUAACUGCAGUGUAAUGAAAACAAAAGUCAUGAACAUAUAUUUUAAGAUAUUUUGCAACAGAUUUUCCCCUUUUUUGGUAAAUGAAGUGCGAUAUCUGCUUGUCUGAUGUAAAAGGGAAUGAGAGUUUGUCUGAAAUGAUAAUAUCAAUGUUCUGUUACUUCCACAAGCCUGAGUGAAUGAUGUCGAUUUAUGUUUUUAUUUUU